UUUGAAAGUACCGGUCGUUUGUCAAGUGUUCGACGUUAGUUUGAUAAAAAAGUAAACAAGUUAGAUACAAUAGAUAGAGGAUUCCAAGGAUAAUCAUGCGUAACAUUGAGAUCAAAGCUGUAAUUCGAGAUAUUGAACAUACCAUUUCAAAAGCUACAGAGCUGAGUGACACAGCUCAAACUGAAAUCAAGCAGCAUGAUAUCUUCUUCAAGACAAAAGAAGGAAGAUUGAAAUUACGAAAGUUUAAGGAUGGUACUGCAGAGUUAAUCUUGUAUAAGAGACCUGAUGUUUCUGGACCAAAGUUGUCCACUUAUGACAAAGUAUCAUUAAACUCAGAUAUUGUUGAGUCAAUUGGAAGUAUUUUGACUCAAUCUAAUGGUAUAUUAGGAGUUGUUAAAAAAACGAGACUGUUAUUCAUUGCUGGACAAACUCGAAUACAUAUUGACAAAGUAGAUGGUUUGGGUAAUUUUAUAGAAUUAGAGGUAGUGUUGAAAGAAGAUCAGGAUAUAAUAACUGGACAGAAGAUUGCUGAUGACCUCAUGCAAACAUUGUUUAUAAAAAAAGAUGACUUAAUCGCGGAAGCAUACAUAGAUCUGCUUAAUUCCAAAACAUAAGUAUUGUUUAUUCUGCUGUUUACAUACUUUGUAUUUCCAUACAGAUGUAAAAAAUAAUUAUUUUAUUUAUUCCAUAGUAUAAAAGUAAAACAUUACAGUUCUAUUUUUUACAAUAAAUUAUUUUUACAAUAAAUUAUGUGCUUUCACAA